AUGGGAGCGUUUACAAGGCGAAGCUAUCGACGGGUCAGUGUAGAGCGGAAUAUCUCAUUCUUGAUUUAUGAGUUUGUUGAGAGAGGGAGUUUAAAAAGGAUUUUAUGCGACGGGGAACAAGCGGUAGAGUUUGAUUGGAUAAAGCGGAUAGGAUUCAUCAAGGGAACAGCUGACGCACUUGCUUACAUGCACCAUGAUUGCAUUCCAGCAGUAGUUCAUAGGGACAUAUCUAGCAACAAUGUCUUGCUGGAUUUCGAAUAUGAAGUUCGUGUUUCUGAUUUUGGUACUGCGAGGAUUUUGAAGCCAGAUUCAUCCAAUUGGACAUCACUUGCAGGAACAUAUGGAUAUAUUGCUCCAGAGCUGGCCUAUACAAUGAAGGUGACCGAGAAGUGUGAUGUUUAUAGCUUUGGAGUACUUGUGCUAGAAGUACUACACGGUAGGCACCCAUCUGAGAUUAUCACAUUACUCUCUCCUGAGCUCCUUCCAACAUCAUCUUCAACUUCCACUUCCAGUGUUCCGGUGAAAAUUAUAAUGCUGAAAGACAUCUUAGACGAGUGCCUUGAAGCACCAACGGAUGUCAUGAAGAAAGAGAUAAUGUACUUCAUGAAAGUUGGUCUCUCAUGCUUACGUGGUGAUCCACGUACUCGGCCAACAAUGCAAGAAGUAUCCGUGGAGUUAUCACGACCAGCUCAGAUCAGGCCCUCUUUUGAGAAGCCCUUUGAAGCUGUUACAUUGGGAGACCUACUGAUGGGAGAUUCGAAAGAAUGA